CCCCGCCCUCCUGGCCUGGCACCCCGAGGCGCCGGUGCUCCCGGAGCUGGGCGGGGCGGGUCGCAGCCCACGUGACCGGGGCGGGCAGCACGCGGACCUCACCCGCCGCGGGUCUGGUGGAGGCAGGUCAGGAGGCCCUGCAGUGCACCCUGCGCCCUGCUGCCCCCCGUGCGCUCUGCCGCGACGCCCUGCCUCCUCUGAGCCGGGACUGCAGCCCCCGGAAGGAGUCGGUGUGACCCUGAGGAGAAGCAGAGAUGGGGAAAAAACUGGAUCUUUCCAAGCUCACGGAUGAAGAGGCCAGGCACGUCUGGGAAGUGGUUCAGCGGGACUUUGAGCUUAGAAGGAAAGAAGAGGAAAGACUGGAGGGGCUGAAGGGCAAGAUAAAGAAGGAAAGCUCCCAGAGGGAGCUGGUUUCCAACACGGCCCAUCUGAACGAGACCCACUGUGCCCACUGCCUGCAGGCCUACCGGCUCCUUGUGAACCCCAAAAGGCAAUGCCUGAACUGCCACCUCUUCAUCUGCAAAGGCUGCAGCCAUGUCCACCCAGAGGAGCCGGGCUGGCUCUGCGACCCCUGCCACCUGGCCAGAAUCGUGAAGAUGGGCUCGCUGGAGUGGUACUACGGGCAUGUGAGAGCCCGCUUCAAGCGGUUUGGCAGUGCCAAAGUAAUCCGGUCCCUCUGUGGGCGGCUGCCGGGAGGAGGUGGGCCUGAGCCAGGCCCUGGAGAGAAAAGUGGAGACAGUGAGCAGACAGAUGCAGGCGGAGAACUGGACACAGCGGCCCAGGCCCAGCUCCUUGGCAGCAAAUCUGUGCCGGCCAAGAAGCGCCUGCUCCUUGUUCACAGCGUGGACUUCGAGGCCAGCUCUGACGACCUCAUUCAGCCUCUCAGUCACCUGAGCCCGUCCUCAGUCCCAGUGGCCUCGGACAGCCUGCAGGUCCUCACAGGUGAGCCCUGGUCCCAGGAGCAGGCCACGUCCCAGGAGGCUGUGGUCCCGGAGGAUGCUGAGGGCGGGGCCUCAGGGUGCCACCCCCGUCCAGAAGAGCAGACAGACAGCCUCUCACCUGCCGGUCGGGAUGCCCUCACUGAGCUCUGUCUGCCUGGAGAGUCCUGCACAGAGGCCCUGGGAAUCACUGCCACACCCGGGACAAACGUCAUCGGGGAUGAGCACCUCCCCUCCCAGUACCUGGCCGAUGUGGACACCUCGGACGAAGAAAGCACCUGGGCUCACAGGCUGGCCGCCCACCAUUGCAAACGGAGAGGCCGGACGUCGUCUGAGAGCCAGUGUCCAGUUGCCAGCGAGCCCACAGACGCCGACACGGAGGAGGAGACGCUGAAGAGGAAGCUGGAGGAGCUGACCAGCUACAUCAGUGACCAAGGGGCCUCGUCUGAGGAGGACAGGGCAGAGCUGGGCAGGAGCACCUCUGUAGAGGACCUCCCCGGGGCCGCCCCAGAGGUGUGCACGACUGCAGGCCAAACACACAGGUUGGCAAAGGAGCCCUGGGGCUCGCAGGACCCCGUCCAGCUCUCCAGGACCCCGGACAAGGAGCUGUCCGAGCUGGAGGACAGAGUGGCGGUGACAGCCUCCGAGGUUCAGCAGGCGGAGAGUGAGGUUUCGGAUAUCAAGUUCAGGAUCGAAGCCUUACGUGCCGCUGGGCUGACCGUAGGGCCGGCGGGAAAGCCCAAGAGACGGUCCAAACUCCCGAUAUUUCUUCCCCGACUUGCUGGGAAAAUUGGCCAGAGUCCUAAGGAUCCCACUGCAGACCCUUUGGAUGAGGUCAAGGCGAUGGGGGUGCCCCACCUUCUGAGGACGGAGUUCAGUAAUUCCCCUAAAAGUCAAGGUGAAGAUGGUGAGUCCUUUGAUCGGAAAUCAGUGUACCGCGGGUCCCUGACACAGAGAAACCCCAACGGCAGGAGGGGGGCCGCCAGGCACAGCUUUGCGAAGCCUGUGAUGACCCACCAGCCCUAAAGGGGAGGCUCGUCGGAAGGGGACAGAGUGACAGAGCGGCCCUGACCUUGCUCUCCCUCCACCACAGCCAUGUGUCCCCCAUCUGCCUUGCACUUUCCACUCUACACUUUCCAGUGGAGAAAAAAGAAUCACCGUCCCUAAUGGAACCCCACCUGGGAGGUGGCAAUAGUCCUCAGACCAGCAGCUGCUCACCCAAGUUCAUUGACAACUUCCAAGGUCACCCCUGCCAGCUUGCUCUGAUCCAUGGGAAACGUCUAAGCUGAGAUGGCUUUCCUUUAGGACAGUGUUGUUUCAACUUUUUGCAGGACACAGAAGACCUUUUUUAGUGUGAUCUUUCACCCCUUUCACUGCUGCCUGUCUCAUGUUGCUUUCCCGAUGGAAUGGAAAAGGGAUGACUCAGUCAUGGCACCAGCCGUCUGUAAAUUCUUGACUGUGUCGCAGUGCGGACAGAGGUGUGUGUCUGUGUUUCUGUGUGGGUGUGAUUGGAGAAAGAAAUUGGGCACCAACACAAGUGACUGACUCAUGCCCAGCAGAAUAAUGAGGGAACAAUCGACAUUUCCGCCACCCGUGCCCCAACACACACCUGUUCAAGUUUACCUGGGGUCAAGGGCAGACCACGCACAUAGUAGCAAGUGAGCAUUUGAUCAGUGCCCAGAUGCAGGCUCAGAGGACCUGCUGGGAGAGGCGGUUGAUGUGUUCUCAACGGGCGCGCAGAAGACUGGCUCCCGGCCUGGCACUGCCACUCGCUGCAGUGGAUCCAGAAGGACAGAGGGCCAGCGCCACUUAGUAGUGCCCGCCAGCCACUUGACCUCGGGUCCAUGGAUGAUCCAAGUUCUCCUCCAUCCCAGACAGUGUGGGACUGAGGGGCACGUCAGGGUAGACACCCAGAAGUGUGCGUGUGUGUGCAUGCUUGUGUGUGCACGUGCACACGUGUGUGUGGCUCAUCCAGUUGGAAGGGGAGCCCACUGCGCUGCCUCUGAGCACCCCCUCACCGAGCAGGGCUGUUGGCUUCACAGCUUCACUGACCUAUUUAACCCUCAGAUUAAAUGUGAGCCCCUUCUGCAGAGGAGGACAUGGAGCCCCGAGUGUGAGGCAAGCGCCCCCUAGAGCUUCUCUGUGCUCCUCCAAUCUUUUCUGAAGUGCCUUGGGGUCAGCUUAACUCGGCUCCCUCCAACUGGUGCUUUUGUUCUGUUGAAAUUGUAACCAAACCAGGAAGGCAGAGAAGCGACGCCCCAGGGCCCCUGGCGAUGAGACUUUCUCCGGACCUGUGGACAGACAGGUGUACAGACAGGGGGAUGCCCCCAGCUGUACAGACUGCACCACUAAGUUGGUGCUUCCCUGAGCCCAUCAUGUCACAGUCACCACGGAGGUCUUGGUGACGAAGGGCUGGCCCACGGCACUCCCGCACUCCCGGUGCCAAUGCUGCCUUCAGAGAUCCGCCUCUGAGUGGAUCGAAUGACUCAGCUUCAGACCGUGUUGGGAUGUGUGAAAAGGUGGACCUGGCACUCCUUCUCAGGAUGGAGGCUGGUGAAAACCUAUAGCUUCUAUCCAAGGCUAAAAUGGCUAAAAGAUGGCUGUAGACAAAAGGGGUCCAUUUUAUGUGCACUCCUCCUUCUUCACAAAGUAAAUUAAAGUCAACUUUGAGUUCCCAAAGUCUAAGCAGAGACAGUCCUGGUUGCCCUGACAUGUCCCGGCAUGCUAGUGUCUUAGGGACACUGAGUCCUUGUACCCCAGAACCUGUUCACAGCCACCUGUACUCUGUUCACGCCCAUAUUCCGUCCAUGUCCAACGCC